GUAUUACGUGCACCUAAGGUUACAUACAAUGUUUCAGCGUAGCGCCCUACUGCCCGCUGUGGGUGGAGCCCCUCACCUGCGACCUGUGCCCUUCGCGGCGCCUUUCAAGCCAGCCACCGUUGCUACAAGUCAAAAAUGCAAAAUUAAUUACCGAGGCUCGCUCCAAUCGGCACACUCAACAGCGACCGCAGAACUUGCGGGAGGCUUGACGGCGUCCGCAGCGUUGCUGGAGGAAAAUGAGACGGAGGCAUCUACAUACUGCGGGAGCGAGGGCCAGGUACUGGUGCGCCCCGCGCCGGAGGGCAUUGCGCCAAACGGCAAGAAAUACUUCAUACACACCUUCGGCUGCCAGAUGAACAUGGCUGACAGCGAGCGCAUGGCGGGAGUGCUGGAGAGCGUGGGCUAUGUGGGCAGUGAGGACGCGAGCGAGGCGGAUGUGUUGAUCUACAACACCUGCUCCAUUCGCGAGAAGGCGGAGCAGAAGGUGUACAGCGCGCUGGGCAAGCAGGCCAAGCGCAAGCGGGAGCGGGCCGGCGAGCUGAAGAUUGUGGUGGCGGGCUGUGUGGCGCAACAGGAGGGCCAGACGCUCCUGCGGCGCGUGCCGGAGCUGGACAUUGUCAUGGGCCCCCAGUUCGCCAACCGCAUCAACGAGUUGUUGGAUCAGGCCAAUGACGCGCAGGUGUGCGCCACCGAGCAGGUUGCUGUUGAGGAGGACAUCACCACCCCCCGCCGCGAGUCCAACAUCACGGCCUGGGUCAACGUCAUCUACGGCUGCAACGAGAAGUGCACCUACUGCGUGGUGCCGUACACGCGCGGCGCGGAGCAGAGCCGCCGGCCGGAGGACAUCCGGAGGGAGAUGAUGGCGCUGGGUGAGGCCGGCUACAAGGAGGUGACGCUGCUGGGGCAAAACGUGGACGCGUACGGCAGGGACCUGCCCGGUAUGGCCGCGGACGCCUCCGGCCGCCGCGCCUGGACCUUCACUGACCUGCUGCGCUACGUGCACGACGUGCCGGGCAUUGAGCGCAUCCGCUUCGCCACCAGCCACCCGCGCUACUUCACCGACCGACUGGUGCGGGCAUGCUCGGAGCUGCCAAAGCUGUGCGAGUUUUUCCACAUCCCCUUCCAGAGCGGCGACAAUGACAUCCUCAAGGCCAUGAAGCGCGGCUACACAGCGGAGCGAUACAAGGAGAUCAUCAACAACAUUCGCAGGUACAUGCCCGACGCCUCCAUCUCGGGCGACGUGAUCGUGGGCUUCCCCGGCGAGACGGAGGAGCAGUACCAGCGCACCGAGGACCUCGUGCGGGAGAUCGGGUUUGACCGGGUCAACACCGCCGCCUACAGCCCGCGCCCCAACACGCCCGCCGCCGAGUGGGAGAACCAGGUGGCGGACCUGAUUAAGGCCGACCGCCUGAACAGGCUGAACAAGGUGGUCAUGGAGGUGGCCACGGAGAGGGCGCAGCGCUUCCAGGGCCGCACGCUGGAGGUGCUGGUGGAGGGCCCCAACCCCAAGAACCCGGCACAGGCCUUCGGCCGCAUCCGCCACAACAAGCUGGUCUACUUUGACGGCGACGGCAAGACCCUGCGGGGCCAGCUGGUGAUGGUGCGUGUGGACGAGUGCAACGCGUUCUCCAUGUUUGGAGAGAUGGUGGAGGUGGUGGGCGCGCGCGCGGCGCAACCGGGCCAGGGGCAGGUGGUGUCGGAGGCGCAGGCGCAGGCGCAGGUGCUGGCGGCGGUGUAAAUUGAGUGGGUGGGUGUGGGAGGGUGCUGUGGUGCGUGUGAGUGACGGUAUGAGCGUGUGUUUGCGUGUGUGUUUGCAAUGUAUGUUGUGUGAGUGCGGCAGACUGUGCAAGUCUAGCUGUGCUCUUGAGUAUCGGUAUGAUGAUCAGAUGGCAGCAAUGUGGGAAGGGCGACUUGGAAAGCGUAGGAUAACGAGGAGGGCUCUGCACAGGGCGGGCCUUUCGGGGGCGCAGACACGAAAGACGGACAGAGCUGUCCGUGAACGGCAUUUUGGUUGUGCAGACAGGGCUAAGAAGUGCGAACACGCUAAUGGCACGUUCCUGCGCAGGCGCAACGUGUUUCAGAGCAGGAACCAGUAGCCUUCUGUUAGCUGUUGGGGGCAGGUGUGUUUAGCCCAGAGGGUGGACUAGCGGGUGAGCGUAGGCAUGCGAAACAGUGUGGACAGCAAAGGAAGAGCGACGGCGCAACGUGAGGCAGAGCAUGCUGUGUAACACGAAUACAGC